CUUGUUGCCCACUCUUCUCUCUUCUGUGGACUUUUAUUUAUUUAAAUUCCACUUCCUGCAGACACCGGACCAUGCUGCACAUCUUCCUCCUCUGAAGGCUGAGGGGAAACUUUCUUCUGCAGGAUUUAAUACAUAUUACAGGAUUAUUAUUUGUUGCAUGAACCUCCUCACAAUGACGGAGGAAAGCCCGGAGAAGCAGCUCCGGCUCCGGGUGUGCGUCCUCAGCGAGCUGCUGCACACGGAGCGGGACUAUGUGCAAACCCUGGAGUUCCUCUCGUUGAAGGUGGUUUUUUGUCACCGUAGGACUGAGAGUGGCGCAGCUUCACCAACAGAGGGCAGUGUAGGACUUCACUCUGCAAACAUCCUUGCUACAGACUUGCAACUGGCAGUAUCAGUUUCAUCUCAUCGCUGCGUCAGACAGGGUUAGUGCGGCUCUAUUUGAUAUGUAUAACAACAAAGCAGAGACUUGUUUAAUAUUGGUUUAUUGGUUCAUAAUCAGAGCCCAUUGUGGUUUAUGGCUUAUUAUUGUUACCAGUCAGGAUACUCCGUAGAAGUUGCAGAGUAUCCUGGAGUCCAUGUUGAACCUCCUUAGCCUGUGGAGGAAGAAGAGCCGCU